AUGAUGCAACGUCCCCAGUUCUUCCCAAACACCUUGACCCCACCAACAAUCAAUACCGCCACUCUUGCCACGAGUCUUGAGGAACUUCGUAUUGCUGUUCGCAAUGGAGCUGAACAAGUAAAAGAGAACACUCCCCUCCCCGAAUCUUGGGGUUCUCAUGGCAUAUUUAGAUCUUUCCCUGGUAUUGCCCUUGCCUUUUUGCGCUUGGACUAUCAAUCAUCUAUGUUAGAAGACACCAAAGAGACCUCUAUGAAUUACCGUCAGCUUGGUCUGCAACGAAUUCCGUCAGGUUUGCCAGAGGCACCUCUGCUGCCAUCCCGCUUGUCACCAACUGGCUCUUCUUCGCCCUUGACUGCCAUUACUCUACGUAUUCUGGCUGCACUUGCAAAGGAGGACUGGGAAAAUGGAAAUGCCAAUAUCGCGGUGGAAGACAUUUCUUGUCUUCUCGAUGCUGUGCAGAUGGCACUGAAGAACGAACAUCUUGUUGCCCAUGAUGGCCGCAGAAUGGGUGGAGAUGAGAUGAUUUUUGGUCGAGCAGGACUUCUUUGGACCCUACUAAAUGUUCGGACCCAUACUUUCGAUGAACAAACCCAGAAAGCCCUCACUCCUGUUCUGGGGAAAAUCCCUGAAUUAAUUCGUGUGGUUGUCGAUGCGGGGCGACAGGGUUCGAAGAGUUACAUUGAAAAGAACGGGGAUCAAGAGGCACAUCCAUUGAUGUACGCAUGGAUGGAAGACCACUAUUGUUUUGGGGCGGUCCAUGGAAUCACUGGCAUUCUGGCCAUCCUCCUCUCGGCUAAACCCGAUGAGUUGACUGAACAUCUUCCCGUGAUUGGUGAUAGCAUCACUGCACUUUGCAAGCUGUCCAUUUCCAGUAAUGGCCACCUCCCAAUGGCAUUACCUCCUUUCAGCUACGGACAACGCUCCGAGCUAGUUCAAUUGUGUCACGGUACCCCGGGCCUAUUGAUCCUUCUAGCUGCUGCCUUGAAAAACACCGCCUUGACCCGUGCCCAUUGGGAUCCGUCCUGGGACCAGGCCAUCUACUUGGGCACUGAGCGUGUCUGGGAAGAAGGACUGCUUUCCAAGGGAGGCAGUCUCUGCCACGGCAUUUCAGGAAAUGCCUGGCCAUGGCUUCUCUUGCAUCAUACUUUCGAGUAUUUGUCAAUUAAUGUGGACAACGGCCGAGAGGCAUACCUCCAGCGCGCCCAGCUGUCAACGUUACCAAAUCCAGACGUUUCCCAGAAGCUUACAGGCGACUUCUUCCUCUCGCGUGCACUUGCAUUUAUGUUGCAUGCACGUGAGACUCGACCAUACAAUACCUCUCCCACAUCUUCAGACAAGGACUACCGCAUGCCGGAUGCGCCUUAUGCGUUGUUUGAGGGCCUUGCCGGCAAUGUUUGUGCGUGGGCCGAUACCUGCGCGGUGCUCCAAGCCAAAUUGCGCAAAAUGGAACUAAUUGAACAGGGUAUCUGCCCUACAUCUGGCGUUCCAAAGGACGAAGCAUUCCAAGAAGCUCUACGGAAGCAGGUGGGCUUCCCAGCUCUGGGUGGAAAUGGGGCCACUGGGCUCUACUGA